CGUGGGCUUGUAAUAAACAACGAUGUAACGGAAUACUCUCAACUUCGUCUCUUUGCGGGUAACCACGCUUAACAUGUGGACAGAAAUAAAGAUUGAACCACGCAUAUUUAUAAAUGUAGUGGACAAACGAUUAGGUCAAAGGGAGUCGAAUUAGUACAAUUACGAACUUUUCCAUUUUUUGACGUAACACUGUUGAUGAUGCAAUAAUUGGAAGUCACCCUGGUUGUGCGUUGCAUUUCACCGCGCUUUCGCGCAGAUGUUUGAACAAGAGAUUUGCUUAGGCAAUCUUUUGUUCUUUCCUGGAUGCCAGAGGAAGUCAAACAGAUUGAGUGGCAGCAUAUUGACAAGCUUAAAUACUACACCUACGGAAGUGUUUUCUUCGUUGGAGUAAAUACUAUUCUAUACCCAGCAGAUGUGAUCAAAACUCGACUGCAAGUGCAGCGGACAAAUGCUCUCUACAAAGGAACGCUUGAUGCUGUUUUCAAAACCUUCAGAUCCGAAGGACUUAUUGGGUUUUACAAAGGAUUCCUGGUGAGCCAAAUGAGUGUUUUAACUGGGCAUUUCUACGUGACAAGCUACGAAGUUUCACGAUCGCAAAUGUCUUUCUUUGGCGAUGGCACUCGAGGAUUUGUGGCCGGUGGAGUUGCGGCGCUAAUGGAACAGUUUUUAGCAAAUCCAAUCGAGGUGAUUUCUCAAAAGCUUAUGAUUCAAGGACAAGGAGAAAACAACACAAAACUUAAGGGAGCUCUUCACAUCUCUGCAGACGUGUUUAAAGACUACGGUGUGGGUGGUUUCUACAGGGGAUUUGUCCUCUCGUUAAUGACCGGGGCAUUGUGGAGCGCUGUCUGGUGGGGCUCAUAUGGUGUGUACAUAGACAUAAUUGGGGAUUACGCCCCACAUGGUACAUCUCAUUUGCUAAUUCAGAGUGUCGCUGGUGGACUUUCAGGGUUGAAUGCAGCCGUCAUUGGGAAUCCGUUUGAUAUUGUAAAAACAAGACUGCAGGUAAUCGUAUAAAAAUCAAAAACGAACUGAAAGCAGAUACAAAUUACACUGCAACAGGUAUUACAAUUUACUGUGGAGUACAAUUCAAACUAACAACAGGUCAUUUUCAAGUCCAUUAAUGCUCAGAAAUGAUUCUAAAUGACUAUUGAGGCUGCAUUUUCGUUAAAAUUCAAGUAAUCUUUGAACACUUAUGCUUUUAGGUAUUUCAGGGCUGCUACAAAUGAUGGAAACAAAAAGGGCUUGCCCCUCUCUAAAUUUAUAUUUGUGAGGAGAUUUGUUCAAAAAAUGUACCAUUCUCCAAAUGAUUCCUAUUCUGGACAUUUUGAACGUCUCAAUUUCGUUGCACACUUUGUAGAACGGCCCUACCAAGGGAGUCAGAUCCACAGUGUGGAAGAGCCUUUUUUGGGCCGAUAUUUAAGCCUGAUAGUUAUUAUUCCUCUUUUCAGCAAAUAAGUUAGUCUGUUUGAUUCAUCUCUAAGGUUGAAGGUGGAAAAUCCACGACCAAAUCCUUUCAAGAACUACUCAAGAAAGAAGGACCAAAGUCAUUGACUAAAGGAAUGCUUGCUAGUAUAUUGUCUUGGGUUCCUUCAAGUGUUAUCAUGAUAGCUGCAUAUGAAACUGUUAAGAAACUCAGCCUAAAAGAGAAAUCCAUUGACUUGUUUAUUUAAUAAGUACAUGUAACACUAAAUCUUCAACAACUAUACACCUCAUCAAAGCAAGGGUAGACCACAGGGUAAGGGGAGAUUUCUGAGUUUUAAGCAAUUCCUCAAUUUGGUGCUCGUCAUGUAAAGCAUAGGAGCCCCCAAAGGACUCCUGGUAUGUUUUAUUCUAAAAAAAUUUCUCCUCUGCUGCGUCAUACAGGUCAACCCUUGCUGCACUUCUAUAAUUAUAUAAAUGUCAGAAAAUGACAAUUACAAAGAAAAUAUUAAUUAUUUCAACUUGAGAGACAUUUGGUGGCCUUGCUAUUGAUUAGGAACAGUUCCAGC